GAAAAAUACCAUUAAUUGCCUUUCUUUGUCGCCGCAGCCUGCGAAGAAAUGGCGGACGUGCGCGUGUGGCGCGCUCGCGGAGCCGCACGUCGUCUCUAAAAGGGUGCGCUGCGGCGGCGAUGAGGACUACUUUCUCCCUUUAGAAUUCUCGAGAAAUCACUCACAGAUGUGCAAUGAGCCGAUGGUUGUGGAAGUCUGCAGGAGGACGUUGGCAGCAAAGGAGAGGCUGACUGGAAGAUGCCAAGGAAAAAACAGCAGCAUCCACAGCCAGUCAAAUUGGAUUCAAAAGCUGUUGUAGCCGCCGCAAGUGCAGGAAACCUCGCCUUCGACACAGACUUCCUUCUGGAACACGACCUUCAAUUUGGCGAUCCUUAUCGCAGCGGCAAGAUUCUUGGCCUGGAAAAAUUCUCAGAGGUAGCUGCUGAGAUCGGUUUCUCUGUGUAUCCUCUGUGUGAUGAGGACAGCUCUGACUGCAGCGGCAGCGGCGGCAGCAGCAUGGACAGCGAAACGGAAACCUCCCACAGCAGCACCCCCGACCACGGCCUGGAAGACGAGGGCAGGGCGGGCCGCUCCGAAGCCCCCUUCCCCCCCUACCUGCCGUGCCGGGGCUGCGGCCAGCUGCGCGACGACCACCUGGUAGACCUGCCGGCGGCUCCCUACUGCCUGCGCUGCUGCAAGGCCUCGCGGGAGCCCAAGAACGGCGACUUUGCUUUCGGGAGCCUGGCCGGGCUCCACUCGCCGCUGGACGGCAUGGCGGGCGACGGCGACGACAAGAACAAGCUGCACUCGUGCCACCUGUGCGGCUUCUCCUCGCGCUACGCCAACCACGUCAAGCGGCACAUGAAGACGCACAACGGCGAGAAGCCCUUCAACUGCCCCGUGUGCGCCUACGCCUCGGCGCAGCUGGUCAACCUGCAGCGCCACCUGCGCAUCCACACGGGCGAGAAGCCCUACAAAUGCGAGAGCUGCGCCUUCGCCUGCAGCUCGCUGGGCAACCUCAAGCGCCACCAGCGCAUGCACAUGCCCGCCGGCGCCGAGACGCACGGGGGCCCGCAGCAGCACGCCGUCGGAGGCCUCAAGAGACACGUGGCGGCGAGUGGCCCCCGAGUCAGCGAAGAAGAUGAAGCUGCCAAGGAGGUGGCCGCCGCCUCGGCCCACCUGACUAUGUCGGCCCAGAACGCCGACUAUCUCUCUGCGUUUGAGAGUCUCAAGGGGGUGUCGCCGCUGUCCACCACGCCCACCCCCGACCAGCCGUCCGGCAACGGCAGAGCCAGCAGGCCGGCGGCCCCGCCCCCAGCACCCUCCUCCUCCCUGUUCCCCUUCACGUGUCGCCUCUGCGGCGUGGUGCUGGAAGACGAGGACGGCUCGUCGGCGCAGAUCUGCGCCAAGUGCACGCUGGAGAUGCUCACCAAGGACUCGUCGGCGUCGCCCGGCAGCCCCGGCGAGCGCGGCGACAAGGUGUACACCUGCGCCGCCUGCCCCUUCCUCACGCAUUACCCCAACCACCUGGCGCGCCACAUGAAGACGCACAGCGGCGAGAAGCCCUACAAGUGCCCGCAGUGCGACUACGCCUCGGCGCACUUCGACAACCUCAAGCGGCACCACCGCGUGCACACGGGCGAGAAGCCCUACAAGUGCCACCUGUGCGACUACGCCUGCGGCAACCUGGCCAACCUCAAGCGCCACCAGCGGGUGCACUCUGGCGCCAAGCCCUUUGUCUGCGCCGUCUGCAACUACAGCUGCAACCAGAGCAUGAACCUCAAGCGCCACAUGCUGCGGCACACGGGCGAGAAGCCCUACAAGUGCCAGGAGUGCGGCUACACCACGGGCCACUGGGACAACUACAAGCGACACCAGAAGAAGCACGGACACGCCACCGACGGCUGGGUCAAGAUGUCCCCCGCCCAACUCGCCAGGAACCAGGACGACGACAAAGGCGGGCCCCGCAGCGGCGGCGGCCACAGGAAAGAGGCGGCCGGUGAGGGGGCCGCCGCGCCCGACGUGCCCUACGUGGCCAGGGAGGGCGCUCAGACUUUACAGCACCCCAACUGGAAACUUGAAAUGGUCUAAAGGUCACAAUGGCAAGGAGACGCUCUAAUGCGGUUGUGCCAGCGCCGAGCCCGUCGACACACUGGAUGUCAGUAGACUAGGGAGGAAAAUACAAUCCCUACCUUGCCGGCAAAGGUUAAUAACGAUGAAAAAAUGACAAAGUGCCAGGUCGGCUUGGCAACCCCCCAUUCUGCAUCCGUCAUGUAUACGAGAGCGACAAUGGGCAAUUUGCAUGGGCACCGGUGACGGCGAGUGCCUAGAAAGUGACAAAGUCCAAGCAAAGUGCUCCUUAAUUGCGAAGAAUUGAAAAACAAGGAGAGUGAAGUUGGCCCAUCUAAUGUAUUUUGUCACCUGUGUAGAUCUUAACAUGUAUUUGUGCGCGUGUUGUCUCGUUUAUUUUCUCACUGUGAAAAUUGCCCGUGGUUUACGUGGAAACAAAAAUAUGGCAUUAUUAGUACGUCGGCAUGUGUCCAUUUUUAUUUUUCUAAUGCUAUCACUCGACUAGUACGUACAUUAAUAUAUACAAGUAUAGGAUGGAUGUCUGUGUAGUUUCCCCCUGAGAAAAUGUCUAGGAGCACUUUUUUUUUUUUUUUUUGCUUUUUGAAUGCAAAAGGAAGAAAUUUGUUGGCGCUCUCAAAAGGGCCCUUCCAAACUCGUUUCCUCAACGCCUGCCCAAUUUUUUGUCAUCGCCUGCCUGUGUCCUUUUAUGGAGAGUUUGUCUCAUCAAUGCCUUAACGAGCAACACUUUACACACAAAUAUCUGAUGGCUUGUUCCCAUACAAUAAAAAUACAUUAUUUCCUCUA